UCCCUUCUUUUUCCUCCUCCUGCUGCCGCCGUGGCCCCCACUUCCGAGCUCUGCAACUCCUCCGCCUCUCCUCCUCCACCUCCUCCGUCGCCGCCACUACAAGCCCAGCACGGCCUCCCCUCAGUAGCCAUCAUUUUAUUGUUGAUUACCUCGUCGAAGAACUCGGCUUCUCUCUGGAAAAAGCAACGAGAGCCUCCAAGUACAUCUCCUCCCUCAAAUCCCUCGACAAGCCCCAAUCCUUCAUCGCCUUCAUGAAAACCCACGGUUUCAGCGACGCCCAAAUCAACAAGAUCGUGUCUGGCUACCCAAAAUGCCUCGCCAUCAACCUCGACAAAACCCUAGCUCCAAAGUUCCGGGCUUUGAACGAGAUAGGCUUCUCCGGCUCUGACCUCACCGACCUUAUCAGUUCGAAUUGCAGGGUGUUGUGCCUCGAUUUCAACCGCAAAAUCCUCCCGAAGAUCCAGUUCUGGCAGAGCUUGCUCGGCUCUAGGGAGCAGCUCAUCAAGAACUUAAAGCGAAGCAACAGCUUCAUCGCCGACAGCGUCGAGAAGGCUGUCAAGCCCAAUGUCGCCUUCCUUCGAAGCUGUGGAGUCUCUGACGAGAGGAUCAGAAUGGUGGCGAGGAGGAGCCCGAGGUUCGUCACCCGAAGGCCACAAGCCCUGGCUGAAGCUGCGAGCCCUGCGAGCCGCGUCGAGAACGAGAUGGGUAUUGCCCGGGGCUCGGGGAUGUUUGUAUGGGCUCUCCUGACCCUGAGCAGCGUAAGCAAGAUCAAACUGAAUGGCAGUCUUGAGAUCAUGAAGAAGUUUGGGUGGUCGGAGGCUGACUUCAUCUCUGCAUCCUCCAAAGCUCCGAGCAUCUUGGACAUCUCCCAUAGAACGCUGUCUAAAAAGAUGGAGUUCUUGUUGAAGGAAGCUGAGUGCGAGCCGGUUUAUGUUGCUCAGCGUCCUUUGCUGCUGAUGUACAGCUUGGAGAAGAGGUUGAUUCCACGGUAUGAAGUUGUGAAGAUUUUGAGGUCGAGAGGAUUGCUUGACAGAGAGCCUAUGCUGGCUUCUAUCAUGUCUUAUUCAGAAAAGGGGUUUAUGGACAAAUUCAUUAUUCCUCAUAAACACAAGGUUCCACAGCUUCAGGAAAUUUAUGUGGAUGGGUGUGGAAAAUGACGAUUCUUUGCGUGUCUAUGCAAUUGAGUGUAUUCUAGUUGAUCCAAUUGGGUAUUACUUAAUCUUCAGCAAUCAACCACUUCAACUCUGCUAGUCUCAGGUUGAUAGGCUAACAUGGUCUCAGUAUCUGCUGAAAGUCUGAAAUGGAAGCAGAAGCAUGUAACCAUAAAUUUCGGCCUUACUUUGAACACGAAGGAGAAGAUGAAAAGAAUUAGGCUUGCACAAGAAAGGGAAUAUUGUUAUUGGUGGUUGUGAACAUAACUGAAUGCAGAUUGUCUACUACCUCAAUGGGAGCUUGCGGGAUUUUGUCGAUGGUGAUAAUAUUUAUGGUGUAAUGAUGUUGGCGCUUCUUAUAGGGUGUAAGAUUUGUUCGCGGUUCUUCUUCUAUAAUCUCUGUAUUUUCUUGCAGCAUGGGAAGUGUGAAGUCCGCUGGUUUAAGUAAAUGAUUGAAAUGUGCAAUAAUCAAAGUGUACGAAUAAUACCAGCUCCUUGAUGUUGUUGUUUGCGGAAUAACUGGGUUAAUGAGGAAAGUGCUUGAGGAUUUGGUCAAUA